AAGGCUCUGGACGCCGGCGAGGGAGGAGGACGGGAACGGGGGCGGGAAGUGCCCGGAAGGAGCGAGACAGGGAGGGACAGGGCUGAGGAGGAAGGCGAUGCGACGGACAGGCGCACCCACUCUGGCCGAUUCUCGGGGGCGAGGUCGAGCCAGGGGCGGCUGCCCUGGGGGCGAGGCGACGCCGUCUCUUCCUCCACCUCGCUGCGGAACCCGAGGACAGGAGCCUCAGAUGAAAGAAACUAUCAUGAACCAGGAGAAACUCGCCAAACUGCAGGCACAAGUGCGCAUUGGUGGGAAAGGAACUGCUCGCCGAAAGAAGAAGGUGGUUCACAGAACAGCUACAGCAGAUGAUAAAAAACUUCAGUUCUCUUUAAAGAAGUUAGGGGUAAACAAUAUCUCUGGCAUUGAAGAGGUGAAUAUGUUCACAAACCAAGGAACAGUGAUCCACUUCAACAAUCCUAAAGUUCAGGCAUCUCUGGCAGCGAACACUUUCACCAUUACAGGCCAUGCUGAGACAAAGCAGCUGACAGAAAUGCUACCCAGCAUCUUAAACCAGCUUGGUGCAGACAGUCUGACUAGUUUAAGGAGACUGGCUGAAGCUCUGCCCAAACAAUCUGUGGAUGGAAAAGCACCACUUGCUACGGGAGAGGAUGAUGAUGAUGAAGUUCCAGAUCUUGUGGAAAAUUUUGAUGAGGCUUCCAAGAAUGAAGCAAACUGAAUUGAGUUAACUUCUGAAAAAGAUAAAACUUGAAGAAGUUUCUGGGAGCUGCUAUUUUAUAUUAUGACUGCUUUUUAAAAUUUUGUUCAUGGAUCUGAGAAAAUCUGUAGAUCUCUAAUAUUUUUAAGCCCAAGCCCUGGACACUGCAGCUCUUUUCAGUUUUUGCUUACACAUAAUUCAUUUGCAGCUAAUUAAGCUGAAGAAGCCUGGGAAUAAAGUUUGAAACAAAGGUUAAUAAAAGUUCUUUGCCUAGUA